UGCGGCGAACCGUCCAACGCAAGAAGCCAAUGAGAGGGUCUGGUGAGCCGGUCCGAUCGGACGCUGGCCAAUGAGGUUGCGGGCCCCGCCCUGCGGCGCGGGGACGUGCGGUGGCCUGAGUGCGCGUGCUGGAGAGAGGCGCCGGGAUGUAUUUGGGAUGUGUUCGGUGGGCCGUCUGUGGAAGGGCGGCUUGGACAUGGGCCAGGGUUAGGCGCAACUACUGCAGCAUGGACGUGGAUAGCUCAAACAGUAAAGCAGAGAAACCAAAGAUUUACACCAAAACAGGAGACAAAGGGUUUUCCAGCACAUUCACUGGGGAGCGCAGGAGGAAGGAUGAUGACGUAUUUGAAGCUUUGGGCAGUACCGAUGAAUUGACAUCUUCAAUUGGCCUAGCAAUGGAGUUCUGCUUGGAGCAAGGCCAUGAGUUUGUAGAGGAACUUUAUAAGAUCCAGUGUGUGUUGCAAGAUGUGGGAUCCAAUGUGGCAACUCCCAUUUCUUCUGCACGAGAGAGCCACCUCAAAAGGACAACAUUUAGUGAAAAGCCAAUAACUGAGCUGGAACAAUGGAUUGAUCGAUAUACAGAGCAACUUCCACCACUGACAAACUUCAUCUUGCCAUCAGGAGGGAAAAGCAGUGCAGCUCUGCACCUGGCACGAUCGAUCUGUCGCAGGGCAGAGAGGAGCAUGAUCUCUAUUGUACGAGCUGGGGAAGCUGAUCGUAACGCUGCAAGAUAUCUCAACAGACUCCUACUCUGCAGGAGACUGGCUACUCACACAGAACACUGGAGAAACUCAGCAGAUCAGACAACAUAUGGAGGAAAGUAAGCUAUCAAUAUUUCAGGCUGAGGUCCUUCAUGAGGAUGACUUCUCUUUAUUAUCCACCCAAUAUGAUAGAUACUCUUUAAACCAUUUCAAACAGGACUGAUAGCUAUAAUUUAUAAAUGGUUAUUGAAUUUGCAAAAGGUAUCUAACAAUAAAAUUAAAGGUGCGUGGAAACUGGAAUUUCGAGAGUCACUUUCAGAUAGUCAAUGGGAUAAAAUCUUUUAUUUGGUAAAUACUUCAUCUAUUUGUGACGUUCACUCCUUGAUACAGUUCAAGGUAGUACAUCGUGCACAUGUCAAGGGAUAAAUUAGACCGUAUUCUCCCCAAUAUUAAUCCUAUUUGUGACAGAUGUAAUAUUGAGGUGGCUACUUUAACUCAUAUGUUUUGGUCUUGUAUCAAGAUAGAUAAGCCUUGGAAAGAUGUCUUUUAAAACUUUAUCAAAAGUCUUGAAUUUGGACCUACAACCGAACUUUAUUUACAGCAAUUUUUGGGAUCAUUCCAAUGGAAGCAGGAUAUAGUCCUGUUUCUGCUCAAUGGAUGAUAACUUUUACAACUUUAUGGGCUAGGAGAACCAUUUUGCUUAAAUGGAAGGAUUCUAAUCCACCUACUGAUUUUUUUUUUAUUGGCUUUCCUCCAUUAUGUCCUGUUUAAGUUUAGAGAAAAUAAGAAGUCGGACAUUUGAUACAUCCAUUAAAUUUGAAGACACCUGAUGACCUUUUAUUCAAUAUUUUCAUAUGGUUUGAUUUAUUGCUGUUCCAGUUACUUUCUCAAACUUUGGAUUUGAUCAGAAAGUUCCUUUUCUCCUGGCUUUUACUCUCAGUAUGGGCUGCCCUGUCCCUUUUUUUUCUUUUUCUCUUUUUUUAACCUUUUUUUGUUUAUAGAGA